AUUAGGUCACCAUGAAUGGAAAUUGUAUACACACAGAAAUGUAUAAGUAGUACCAGUACAGCAUAUCCCUGUUGAAUGACUAUGCAUUUUAAAUUAGCCCUGAAAGCUGGCUUUAGCUGUUGGUCCCCCUGAAAUAUCUGGAGUGGCUGCAGUGUUCUUUGAAACAGGAAUGUUGAUCUCUCCAGCGCUCCCAGUCUUAACAGCUGCCAGAAGAAUUUGUCCUCUUGUCAUUUUCAUAUAUGGACAAGUCAGCAUGGUAACCUGUGACGUUGCUAGUGCUAAAAACAGCCCUAACACCCAGAAGACCCCCGGCCAUUAAACAGUGUGAUCUUUGUGGAGAUACUCGUGAGGACACUCUACCUCAAUCUGGACUCCAAAUUAUUAUCAGGAAAGAAACUUACCAGAAAGCAUUUUGUCAAAACUUCUUUUUCCCAAGCUCUGCGUGGUUUUAAACUGUGCAAUGAGUACCUCUCAGGAGUACUUGUAUUCCAAAGAGCAGCAGACCAUGGACAACCUGGAGAAACAACUGAUUUGCCCUAUCUGUUUGGAAAUGUUUAGCAAACCAGUGGUCAUUCUUCCUUGUCAGCACAACCUUUGUCGAAAAUGUGCCAGUGAUAUUUUCCAGGCCUCUAAUCCUUACCUACCAACCAGAGGAGGCAACACAGUGGCUGCAGGCGGUCGAUUCCGAUGCCCUUCUUGCAGGCAUGAAGUGGUCUUGGACAGACAUGGGGUUUACGGACUGCAGAGAAACCUUCUGGUGGAGAAUAUCAUUGAUUUGUAUAAACAGGAGUCUACCAGUAAGUCGGGCUCUGAGAGGAAACGUGACCAGCCCAUGUGUGAAGAGCAUGAAGAUGAGAAAAUCAACAUCUACUGUGCGACAUGUGAAACACCCACCUGCUCCUUAUGUAAAGUCUUUGGAGCUCAUAAAGACUGCGAGGUGGCUCCCCUGGAUAAGGUUUUCCAGAUGCAAAAGUCUGAACUCAGUGAUGGGAUAGCAAUGCUGGUUGGCAACAAUGACAGAAUUCAGGGAAUAAUCAGUCAGCUGGAAGAGUCUUGUAGAACUAUUGAGGAUAACUGCAGGAGACUGAAGUCCCAGGUGUGUGAAAAGUUUGAUUUCUUGUAUGCAACCCUGGAAGAAAGGAAAGGAGAGAUGACUCAGAAAAUCACAAGUGAACAGGAGGAGAAGCUCCAGUACGUCCGGACUCUGAAAAAGAAAUAUGGUGAUCAUCUGGAGGCAGUGUCCAAGAUAGUGCAGUCUGGAAUACAGACGAUGGAUGAGCCCGAAAUGGCGCUUUUUCUGCAGAAUGCUAAACCACUCGUAAAAAAAAUUACUGAAGCCUCUAACAUAUCACAUUUGGAAAAGUUGGAACGUGGCUAUGAAAAUAUGGAUCACUUCACAGCCAAUUUUGAGAGAGAAGGAAGGGGACUGCGGAGUAUAGAUUUUAUCAGAGAGGAGGAGGAAGAGGAGGCAGAGGAAGGAGAAGAAGAGGAAGGAGAGGGAGAUGAGGAGGCCCACACGGAGCCCGAGUCUGACGUAGAGGAGGGAGCCACAGAGACACCGGUGACACAGCCAGAGCAGACAGCAGUGAAGAGCGAGCCCUCUGUCAAGACUGCUUGCCCUCCCACUGAGGAAACUCCACCCCAGCUACCCAAUAUGCCAGUGAAGGGGGCGGUUGAGCAGAGUGGGGUUCUUGGCACUGCGGAGACAGGAAUGCUUUCAACAGAAGCCAAUGCAAAUCCUUUGUUGUACCCUAGUUGGUACAAAUCCCAAACAGGGCUUGUAAACAGUCCCACUCUGGCCCAAUCAAGUGAUGGCAUUGGUCAGUUGGGAGCUUCAGUGUCAACUGGAGGGGAUACGCAGAAGGCAGCAGCAGUAAAAGAGAGCCCAGCUGUGGACAGUAAGGAAUCUAGCUCGGCUGCUGCUACGUCCCAGAUACUUUCUACAGUUUGGCAUUGGAUGACCAGCUCUCACAAGUUUGACUCAUUCUUCAUGAAGCUGUAUGGAAUAGUUGGCCAGGUUCAUAAAUUAUUGUUACAGUUAAUCUUUUUUUUCACACACUGGUGUCAUUACUAAAGGAAACUAGCUUUUCUGAAAAUACGGUGAAGCCAGAAGACUACAUCCCACCAAAGUCAUUAGCACUGUUUAUUUUGUUUUUUUUAAAAAUAUAUAUAUGUUUGUUUUUUAAAAUAUAUAUAUAACAGAGCUGGAUUUAAACAAAUAUGCAACAGGGUUGUUUGUAAGAGUGUAAUUAGACCACUGUAUAGUGUCCAGGUAUGGUACUGUUUUUAUUGAUCUAUGAAUAAAACAGGCCUUUGAGAUUUGGAAACAAGUAUAAUGCAUUGAUAUAUAGAGAUGCUACUAUGUACACGUCAGAAUUGGACAGAUUGAACGCUAGAGGAGGUAAACUAAGCAGACUGUAUCUUGAACAAAUCAAGGAAGAAAAAAACAACUAUUGAUCGGCCUAAUUUGAAAUAAACUUCAGAAUAUACUUUAAACUAUAAAAGGGAAGGAAAUAAUGGAAUUCAAAAUAAGAAGCAAAAAAAAUAA